AUGACUGAUUCUAAUAAAAGUCUGUUUAUUGAAAAAGCAAAAGAAGUUAAAUUUUUAUUAUAUGAUACGUUCUACGCAAUGAAUAAUUUAAUGAAUGAAAAACAAUUAAUUCUAUAUGGCUCAAUGGAAAUUCGUCUAAAGCCUCUUAAAACAGAAAAAAAAGAAAAGAAAAAGGAUACUAAAGAUAAAGAUUCUAAAGGAUUAGAUAAAACUCCAGAAAAAAAAAGAAAAAAGGUUGAUAUUAUGAUUAAAGAUGCAUUACCUCAAAGUGCUAUUUCACCAAGAGAAGGUAAUAAAGAAUUUCAUCCUUCUCAAAUAGGUGAUGGAGAAAGUGGAGUUGGAUCACCACGAGUAAUAAAUAGAGAUGAUUUUAAUGAAACUUCACAUGAUGAAGAAAAUUCGUUAUUAAUGACACUUAAUGAACAAAAAAGAUUAUCUGUAUUAUCAAAGGUAUUAGUAAAACCAUUAGAAGAAGUAAGAAAAACAAAAGAUGAAAAUAUGACAAAGAAACAAAAACGUUUAUCUGCUCAUUUUGGAGUUGAAAUUGGAGCAGAAGAUCAAUUCUUUUUUGAGAAUAAUGUUUCUCCAAUAUUUGUUCAGUUCUUUCCACAAUAUAUUGCAUACACAUUUUUUCAAAUACCAGAAUUUAGAUUAGAAUUAUUACAAUUAAUAAGAGACGAUAAUAUUGUUGAAUUGGGUUUAAAGAAAUGUCAAAAUAAUGAUGAAAUGAAAGAAAUUAAAAAACAAUUUCCAAGAGUAUUUGGAUUUGAUGAUAUGUUUGAUUUAUUAGAUGAAGAUGAAAAUAAUAUACAAGAACAAUAUUUUUCAUUAAAAAAGAAUUGGAUGGAAUUGUUUUUACCAACCAGUGAUUUUUUUAUGACAUUUUUUUAUUACUAUGGACAAUUUGUAUAUUAUUCAUUAAAAGGAUAUGACUUUGAAUUAUAUGGAGAAAUAUUUGGAUUAAAAGAACUUAUUGAAGUUUAUGUUAAACAACGGAUUGAAAAGAUUAGUGAACACUCUUCAUUAUUAAUGAGAGAAAAUGAUAAAAGAUGUGUGUUAUUACAUUAUCCUUUUAUCUUAGAUUAUAUGAUUAUUAAAAUUAUUCAUAAUACUAAUGUUUAUAAUAUUGAACAAUGUGACUUUAUGAUUGAGUCAUUCACAAAAUGGAUAAAUACUUUAAUUGAACAUCAGAGAUUUUGUACAACUGAUUUUAUUCUUGACUCUUUUAUUGGAGCAUUAGACAAGAUAUUUGAAACAGAUCAUUUUCAAUUAAUUACAUCAACUAUCAUUAUGUUAUUUAAUUCAUCUUAUUAUUUUAUUGGAGAGUCAAGAAUUAAAUUAUUUGUUGAAUUUCUUACAAAAAAAUGGUUCUUUACAUUAUUUACUCAUUGGAAUUAUUAUGUCCGUCAAGCCUUUCAUCAUUUCAUUUUAUAUAAAUUUCUUUUUACAAGAAGAUCCCAUCUUAAUUGGGCUCGUUUUGAUAAAACAGAAAUUGACGUAUAUAAAAGACAAGCUUCUUUUGGUGUUAAUGGUGAAGAUAUUGAUCGGUUUGUUUUAGCUUCUAUUGAUGAAAAGAUAACUUCUAUUCGUUUGGUUUGUGAUGGAGAUACAAAUAAAUUAUUAGUCAUGAAGAAGGUCUAUUGCCAAGCAGCAUUUGCUGAAUAUGAAAAAGCAUUCAAACUCUAUAAUGAUUGGGAUAAAUCAAAGGCAUUAGAAAUCCCAAAAAUCAAACCUAAUUUGAGUGAAUUUGAUUUUGAGAAUCUAAAUUGA